GGCCGAUGUGUGCUGAGUCAGCGAAGUCAUGACGAGUCGACAAGCAGGCUUGCUGUUGUUGGCUUUGUGCCUCAGUCUUUGUAAAGCGGCAAACGACGGUAUGAACGACGACGAUGAUAACGUGCAGAUAGAUCCUCUCAACAAACUGGUGCUAAAUCCCGGUGUAACCGGAGGCGUGGUCGUGGCUCUGGCAGUAAUCACUGUACUCCUAGCAAUUGUAGUGUAUCUACCAUACCCCAGAGUAAGAAGAGAAAACUGAGUUUACCCACGUGCGAGUCCUACACCACAUGCAGUAGCACUGACUGUCAUUUGUGUCGAGGUUUAUGUUGUUUUAUGUCUCACUUCAUCAUAAUCUAUAAUAGUGCAUCCCUCUAAUACUGAAUUUUUUUGUACUCU